UUAAGAGGCUAUAUAGGAGGACUGACAUUGGCUGUCUCCAAGACAUCGUAGAUGUUGUCAACAAGUCUGGCAGGUACAUGUCCAAACAGAAGUCAUGUCCAAACAGAAGUGUUUUAGCAGUUCUGAAAGUGUACAUACAUUUGACUACAUAAUUAACACAAACUUACAUGGUUCCAGAUGCAACACAGCCCAGCUGGUAGCAGAUCAGGAUGGGGGGACCAUUGUACCAACCUACGACUGGAUUGGCUUCUUGGUUCCUCACUUCAGGAAACUGAUCGGGAUCAAGAAGGGCCACCACUUCAGAGUACACAGCUCACAACCCGGGGUAGUGUUCAUGAAGCAGAGGGCAGACGAGGCAACAGAGGUGGAGCACUCCCUAUUGAAGGAAGGGUUUGAUCCUGGAGAGUUUCCUGAAAUUAUUGAGCCAGAUGGGCUAUCGGCACAGAGACAGUGGUAUCUGCACGACAAGAUACGCGAGUUUUGCCCUGAUGCUGCCAAAGACCUUACCUGUCCUCUCCCUAUGGUCCCCAAGCCAACCAGUCGAGCAGUAACCCUAGUACCACUCUCACCACCAUCAGUCUCCUCAUCUCCAGCUCCUAAAAGAAAACGAGUGUGUGGGUCAUGCAAAGAGCCUGGCCACAACACUAGGACCUGUCCAACACAAAUGUCGACUUGAACAUUUUAGAGACGCCAACACUGAGCACUGUUUACUUCUACAGCAUUAUUAUUAUUUAUACUUAUACUUGUAUACAGGACACAGACUGUUCUACAACCUCAUCUUUUUAACCAAGAUUAUAAACGCCCUGUCCCCAAAACACUAGCUAUUCUUACAGAUGGGAGGCUGUGUAAUCUACUUCAGUGUUACUGUAUCAGAAUAACUUUUUAACUAUGAAA